GGUUUUGAAAUUGUCGCUGAGCGCAACGUUUAAAGACAAACCAAUUCUCGUGUGUGUGUAUGUGUGAAAGGUUUCUUCCAGCAAACGUCAAGUACCUAAGUCUUUGACUAAGUGGCUCUGAACGCUCGCAGCAGCAGUCCAGUGUAAGCGUGUAUUUUAUGAGAAAAACUACAAGUCAGCUUUUGAUGCGCUAAAACGGUGUUUUUGUGUUGCUGAUAACUCUUGUGAAGCCGUCGGGUUUUCGUCGUUUGCGAAUUUUCGUGUCCGUUGUGUGAAAGAUUUUUGAUAAAGUGCAAAAAUUAAUUUAAAAAAAAAAAUAAAAAUUUACUAUUUGCUGUGAAAGCUUAAUAAAACAACUAAAUAUUAUCAAGACCGCAUAUUCAGGCAAAAACUAUAAACAACAAGCGCACACACUGUGACAUAACUGAAACAGUUUUGGCAGCGUAAAAGUUGAAGGAUGUGUUGUUGUGGAACAUCCGCUGUCGAUAAACGGAAUUGAUGUGGAUGAAUUACUAUGGUUUAAAAAACCAUUAACGACACCAACAGCAACAGCAGAAACCAGCAAAACGCUCUCUCACUAACUACUCACACGUUGAAACGUCAAAAAUACGAAACUACCUAUACUCAACAAAAGAACAGCAACAACAAAACGCACUUAACAGAACUCCUUUUUAAGGGUUUAAUAACAAAAGAAAAGCAAAAAUCAAAGAACAAGACACGACAGAAUGGUGUUGGUAUUGAACGGUGUCUUACAGGACGAUUGUCCAAUGGACACAAACAGUCUCUUCCUACAGCAUCCGGUUUACAGAGAUUAUGCACAGCAACUGCUCUCCAUACCAAGAAAAUCGGUGGGCCCAGUUGGUCUGCUCUACGUGGGCCAACGUGAAAUGGCCGCUGCAGCGCCGCACGACAAGAACAUCAACAUUAUCGGCGCCGACGAUGCCACAACCUGCAUUAUUGUUGUGGUCAGGCAUUCAGGUUCAGGCGCUGUGGCUUUGGCGCACUUCGAUGGCAACGGCAUAGACGAGGCUGUCUGCACAAUGGUUGCACGCGUCCAAGAGUUGGCCUUAGGUUAUCCAGAGGGACGUAUUGAGUUGCAAUUAAUUGGUGGCUACCGAGAUCCACAAGGAUACGGCGAGGAGGUUUUCUACAGCAUAAUGCAAUCAUUCCAUAAGCAUCAUCUCGAAAUCGACUUGACUCAAGCCUGCGUCGGUGAGCUAAACACUAUACUGCGUGGCGAUAUCAACUACCCAAUCAUUUACGGCGUUGGUGUUAACAUAAAAACCGGUGAAAUAUUCCCAGCAACUUUUCUAGAUCGAGGACCGGACAGACAAUUGCGUGAUGCUCGCAACUUCAUGGGUGCACAAUCGGUCUUGGACAUUUACGACUCCUCCUUGGGCAUGUUGCGUAUCGGCCCCUUCAAUUAUGAUCCAUUACGCGGCGCUGAUUUAUGGCUAUCACAGACAGAUGAAUUCCUCUUGCAACACUUAUCGACGAGUCCGGACGUUGAGCCGCCACACUUCACAAUGCAGAUACGCGCAACAAUAAAAUUCAUACAGGAUAAUCAAUUCCCCGCAAUCACCGUGUUUCGGGACAAUCGGCCACGCUACUAUCGGCGCGACGAGUCUACGGGCUGCUGGACUUUGGUUAGAUAUUAAUUACGAAUAAACGCGUACUCACACAUGCAUCCAUAUACAUAUAAACAAUACGUGCUCGCAUAUUUGCAUAGUUUUGCGCUUGAAACGAAAAUUCACUUAAGUGUUAUUAAGCUGCGCUUUUCUUUGUUGUUUUAAAUGUGCGCCUUAGCUGCUCCGUUCACUUUAUGGCUGCUCUGUACUUUUGUACUCGUAUGUAAAUUUUUGCCUUUAUUAUGAAUAAUUUAUGUUUUAUUUUUAACUGCUGAACUUUUUUCACUUUUUUGUUAAUUUUUUUUUUUGUUUUUUGCUCUGCUUCACUUUUGUAUUUCAAUGUUUUCAAGCACGUUGCUUCAGUGUAGGCAUUAAUUGUGCUUUUAUUGUUUUGUUAUUAGUUUUUCUUACUAUUAAUUUUAAGCUCUCUUUGUUAAAUGUAAACUGUGUUGUAUUGUAAUAUUUUAUUUUGCAACUUUGAAGGCAGCUUUGUAAUCGAAAAUUAAAAUUUUGUUUUGGAUUUGCCUCGAAAGCAGCAGGAGACGCGUGUAUGAAGUUAAGAGCUUAGCAUAUAUAUACGAUUUUAGAACUUACAUAUUAGUAUAGUAGCUAAACGUAAUAUUAAAAAGUAGCGAUAUUUGUGAGUCGAAAUUUCGAAUUAUACUUGAAGGCGUAACUGUAUAUAGGUAUUUAAGCUAGGCCAUUAGUAUGAAUUUGAUAUUGAAUUCUUUUUUUUUAACACUUAAGUGCUGUAGUCUAUAUAAACUAUGUUCUUGUAACCGAUUGCUGAGUCUAUAAGACUAUAUAUUUAGUAUGUAUAAUCGUUUUUGAUUUUUAUGAGCGUAAAGUAAUGGAAAAUAAAAAAAUAUAUUUGAAAUUCAAGGUAAAGUGUAGUAUAAAAGUUAAAAUCAUUUGAACAAUAGAAUAAAUUAAUUUCUGUAAAAGCUAAUUGAAGAAAUGCUAAUAGUAAAUUAAUUAAAUAUUAUAGUAAAAGUAUAAAAUAACAAGUAAUUCGUGAAAAUUAUAAUAAAUUGAAUAAAUUUAAAUAAAUAUAAAAUAAUUUGUAAAAAAUUAUAAUAAAUAGUAUAAAUAAAUAAACUAAAAUAAAAAGUACUAAAAAAUAUAAUUAAUAUAAGCAAAUAUAAAUUAUGUAGAAUAUUAAAAAAAUAUAGCAAAAUAAAUAGUAAUUAAAAUUUAAAAUCGAUAAAUAUAAUUAAAAAAAUAUAUAAUUUUAAAUAAUAUAAAACUAAAAAAUUAUAUAAAUAAUAAAUAUUUAAAAAUAAAUGCGAACACUAAACCUUAACAGAAAAAGUCGAAUACGAAAAGAAUUUUUCGACUACCCAAUAUAUUAAUUCAAAAUUAUAUUUAAUAUGUUCGCGCUAAUUCAAAAUAGGCUGUCGUAUUGUGAUGAUAUUCAUUUUUCGCCACCAAAAUUUAAAUUUUAUGUUUCACAAUUUUUGUCUGAAGUUAGUUUUGAUAAAAAUCGCGAAAAAAAUAUUCGAAUAUUUCUUUCACACAAUGGAACGAUGAGAACUUUUAGUAUGAUAUUUUUUUAAACAUGUUUUGAACAAAUUCAAACUUUCACUUUUUGCUUGUUGUAAAUUUAUAUAACUUCACUCUUGCUUUCUGUCCAAUUUGACCGGAUUAAAAUUUAACACAUUUUCUAAUAAAAUUGCAAUCGACAUUUUCAAAAUAAAAUUAAUUUUAAUUAAAAAAAUUGAUUUAUUAAAAUUAAACAAAGCUAAAAAAUUAUUUUCAAUUCACAAAUUUAAAAUUUAAAGCUCUGAAAUCUAAGAAUCUCUAAGAAAUAUAUGCAAAACAGAAAAAACGGAUUCGCUUGAGAGCAUAAAAAGUAUAUUAGAUAAUUACUAAAAAUAUAUUUACCACACAUUUUUGUGAAUUUAGACUCGUAAGCUUUGCCUUGCUAUUGUGUUCUUACACACGCAUACAUACAUAUACUUAAAAAAACUAAAAUUUAGUUGUUAAAACGCAUUCAAUGUGUUUUUUUUUUCUUUUGUUGUUGUGUAUAAGUAUGUAGCUUUUAUAUAUCAUUUUGUAAAUAUGUGCGUAGUAUAACACCAACAAAUCUAUUUGUUCACUUUCUGCUCUUCCGCUGACUUAACUACUAUCUUCUACAUAACUUCUGUACAUAUAUAUAAUUGUAUUUUAUUUCUUAUUCUAGGUUAAUGAUUGAGGCAAAUCAGCGUAAAAAAUAUAAAAAUAAAUAUUAAAAGUAAUGUUUUCGCUAGCUACGUGUGAAAAUAAUUAAAAACAAGCCUUGAAGUAAAUAAAUAAAAAAAUGUUUUAUUAAAAUUUGUGAAAUUAGUUAAAUAUUUUAUGAAAUAUAUGUAUGUUGUAUAAUAGCUGCUAAUAAAUACAUACAUGCAGCUAAAAUGUUAAAAGCAUUAUGUGCGCGACAUUUUAUAUUAUUAUUAUUGCUAUUGUUUGUGCGCUCGCUGUAAACACCCAUUUAUUUAAUGUGUAACCAUAUUAACGCUAUUAAAUAAAGUGAAUAUUGUAAUAAAAAAGUUUUUAAUUAAAUAUAUUAAAAGUUAUAACUGUAUACAAGCAACUGAUAACGAAGCAAAUGUACAUUUAUUUGUAUGCUGCACAUAAAUAGGACACGAAUUGUACAUACAAAAGUACACAUAAUGUACAUAUUUGAGCAACAAUUAAGUAUAUGUACUUGAAUAUAUCGAAUAUAGUUAAUUAUGUAUACCAACGCCACAAUUACGAAUGAUCAAUUAAAAGCGACUUCAAUAUUGUACACCUAUACCAACACA